AUGUCCGAAUCUGACCCUUCAUCUGGAUUUCCUGGAAGUGUGGAGAAUGGAACUUUUCUCGAGCUGUUUCCCACAUCCCUGUCCACGUCGGUGGACCCGUCCUCAGGCCACCUGUCAAAUGUCUACAUCUACGUGUCCAUAUUCCUCAGCCUUUUAGCGUUUCUGCUUCUGCUUUUAAUCAUUGCCCUCCAGCGGCUCAAAAAUAUCAUCUCCUCCAGUUCCUCCUACCCGGAGUAUCCAAGCGACGCUGGAAGUUCUUUCACUAAUUUGGAAGUCUGCAGUAUUUCCUCUCAAAGGUCCACUUUUUCAAACCUUUCAUCAUGAAGAAAAUGGCAGAUUCCUUGAA